AUGAUCCUGAGUUUUCGAGUUAGUGAACUUCACAUGCUUUUGGGUUUUGCUGGCAGAGAUAAAAGUGGACGCAAAUCAGAACUUCAAAACAGAGCAAUUGAAUUACUUCAGUUAGGAUCUUAUCCAGUUAUAUUGAAAAUAAAAAAUCUUUAUAAAUAUAUGCAAGAAAGCUUUCAAGGUGCAAAAAAUAAUUCAGAGGUUAGUGUUUUGCCUAGCCCACUUCCUGAAGAAAGAAUAAUUGACAGAGGAGAAAAAGAUACAACAGAGAAAACAACAAUGCAACAACCACAUGGUAGAGGCUAUCCAACUCCAAGUUGUCUAGGCCAACCACAAAUUAGUGUGGGAAGUUAUGAAAGGCCAAUUUAUCCAUCAGGUGUUUAUCAUCAUCAGUAUCCAACUACACAAGCCAAACAAAAUAGUCCUAUUCACCCUUCUCAUUUCCCUGUACAUCCUGAUGUCAAGUUAAAAAAGCUUCCCUUUUAUGAGGUUUCAGCAGAAUUGAUAAAACCAUCCAGUUUAGUUCCUUUAGGAUCUCAAAGACAACAAGACAAUACCUUUGUUUUUCAUUUAACUCCUCAACAAGCAGCAGCGAUUGGAAUGUCAAGAGAUAUGAGACCUGGAAGUAAAGUUGAAUACACGGUACAGGUACAACUUAGAUUUUGCCUUUUAGAAACGACAAGCGAACAAGAAGAUUGUUUUCCUCCCGGAGUAAUUGUCAAAGUUAACAAUAAAUUAUGCCAGUUACCGAAUCCUAUUCCAACAAAUAAACCUGGGGUGGAGCCCAAACGACCGCCUAGACCAGUAAAUAUCACACCUUUAGUGAAAAUUAGUCCAACCGUCGGAAAUUCAAUUUAUGUACAAUGGUCAACGGAUUAUACUAGAGGAUACGUGGUAGCAGUUUAUUUGGUGCAUAAAAAGACUUCGGAAGAUUUAUUAAAUAGAUUAAAAGCAAAAGGAGUUCGUGGUGCAGAUUACACAAGAGGAAUGAUUAAAGACAAAUUAAAUGAAGACGCAGAUAGUGAAAUAGCAACGACUUCUUUGCGUGUUUCUCUUGUAUGUCCUCUUGGAAAAAUGAGAAUGAUGACUCCAUGCAGAGCU